CCGAGCCAGAGCAGCGGUCGCCGCCUUUCCCAGAGCCUGAGCCGCGGGCGCUCGGUAGGGGGCACCUGUCCCGGAGCAGAAGUAGCCAGACGGGACAGUGCGGCCAGUGCCGGCCACAGUCUGAGCCCGAAGCCUGGGCCAUCUGCUCGCGGGAAGCGCUCCUUGCUCCAAGCAGCACGGAGUUGGGAACCCGGGCUGGCAGAGGCAUGUGCGGGAGCAGCUAGAGGGGCCGGGGCAGCUUCGCGUGCGGUCCAAGCAAGUGUCAGCCAGGCAAGAAAGCGGUUUCUGGGACCAUGACUGCCUCCCGCCUGGACUUCGGGGAGGUGGAAACUUUCCUGGAUAGGCACCCCGAUUUACUGGAAGAUUACUUGCUGCGGAAAGGAAAGCAGGAGAUGAUGGAGAAGUGGCUGCAGAGGCACGGCCCAAACCAGGGCGCUGGAGACCUCGGGCCCCCACUGGCUGCCACUAACAGCUUGGUCCAGGGUGCUGGUACUGGACCCCAUAGUUCUGCCAAUAGCCAGUCUGUCCCCGGUGGCCGGGACUGCGGUGGGGUCCCCACGAGUACCAGCUGGGCUGGUGGCAACCGGGAUAGCGGGAACAUGCAGAGGAGAGCAUCUCAGAAAGAGCUCAGGAAAAGUUUUGCGCGCUCCAAGGCCAUCCACGCCAACAGGACCUACGAUGAACAGGUAACCUCGAGGGCCCAGGAGCCGCUCAGCAGCGUCCGGCGCCGAGCGCUCCUGCGGAAGGCCAGCUCCUUGCCCCCCACCACGGCCCACAUUCUCAGUGCCCUGCUGGAAUCGAGAGUCAACCUGCCCCAGUAUCCCCCUACAGCCAUGGACUACAAAUGCCACCUGAAAAAGCAUAACGAGCGUCAGUUCUUUCUGGAACUGGUCAAAGAUAUCUCCAAUGACCUUGACCUGACCAGCCUGAGCUACAAGAUCCUCAUCUUUGUCUGCCUCAUGGUAGACGCUGACCGCUGCUCUCUCUUCCUAGUGGAGGGUGCCGCUGCUGGCAAGAAGAGCUUGGUCUCCAAAUUCUUCGAUGUGCAUGCAGGGACCCCUCUGCUGCCCUGCAGCAGCACAGAGAACUCAAACGAGGUGCAAGUUCCCUGGGGCAAAGGCAUCAUUGGCUAUGUUGGGGAGCAUGGAGAAACGGUCAACAUUCCUGAUGCCUAUCAGGACCGAAGAUUCAAUGAUGAAAUUGACAAGUUAACUGGAUACAAGACAAAAUCCCUAUUGUGCAUGCCUAUCCGAAGUAGUGAUGGUGAAAUUAUCGGCGUGGCCCAAGCAAUAAAUAAGAUUCCUGAAGGUGCACCAUUUACUGAAGAUGAUGAGAAAGUGAUGCAGAUGUAUCUUCCGUUUUGUGGAAUCGCCAUAUCUAAUGCUCAGCUCUUUGCUGCCUCAAGAAAAGAAUAUGAACGAAGCAGGGCUUUACUAGAGGUUGUUAAUGACCUCUUUGAGGAACAGACUGACCUGGAGAAAAUUGUGAAGAAAAUAAUGCAUCGGGCUCAAACUCUGCUGAAAUGUGAACGCUGUUCUGUUUUACUCCUAGAGGACAUUGAAUCACCUGUGGUGAAGUUUACCAAGUCCUUUGAGUUGAUGUCCCCAAAGUGCAGUGCCGAUGCAGAGAACAGUUUCAAGGAGAGCAUGGAGAAAUCAUCCUACUCUGACUGGCUGAUAAAUAAUAGUAUUGCUGAGCUGGUGGCUUCCACAGGCCUCCCAGUGAACAUCAGUGAUGCCUACCAGGACCCUCGCUUUGAUGCUGAGGCUGAUCAGAUAUCUGGUUUUCACAUAAGAUCUGUUCUCUGCGUCCCUAUUUGGAACAGCAAUCACCAAAUAAUUGGAGUGGCUCAAGUGUUAAAUAGGCUUGAUGGAAAACCAUUUGAUGAUGCAGACCAACGACUCUUUGAGGCUUUUGUCAUCUUUUGUGGCCUUGGCAUCAACAACACAAUUAUGUAUGAUCAAGUGAAAAAAUCCUGGGCCAAGCAGUCUGUGGCUCUUGAUGUGCUAUCAUACCAUGCAACUUGUUCCAAAGCUGAAGUUGACAAGUUUAAGGCAGCCAACAUCCCCCUGGUGUCAGAACUUGCCAUUGGUGACAUACAUUUUGAUGACUUUUCUCUUGACGUUGAUGCCAUGAUCACAGCUGCACUUCGGAUGUUCAUGGAGCUGGGGAUGGUGCAGAAAUUUAAAAUCGACUAUGAGACACUGUGUAGGUGGCUUCUGACCGUGAGGAAAAAUUAUCGCAUGGUUCUGUAUCACAACUGGAGACAUGCCUUCAAUGUGUGCCAACUGAUGUUUGCGAUGUUAACCACUGCCGGGUUUCAAGAGAUUCUGACCGAGGUGGAAAUUUUAGCCGUGAUUGUGGGCUGCCUGUGUCAUGACCUCGACCACAGGGGAACCAACAAUGCCUUCCAAGCGAAGAGCGGUUCUGCACUUGCCCAGCUGUAUGGGACCUCUGCUACCUUAGAGCAUCACCAUUUUAAUCAUGCUGUGAUGAUCCUUCAAAGCGAGGGUCACAACAUCUUUGCUAAUCUGUCCUCCAAGGAAUAUAGUGACCUUAUGCAGCUUUUGAAGCAGUCAAUAUUGGCAACAGACCUCACGCUGUACUUUGAGAGGAGAACUGAAUUCUUUGAACUUGUCAGUAAAGGAGAAUAUGAUUGGAACAUCAAAAACCAUCGUGAAAUUUUUCGAUCAAUGUUAAUGACAGCCUGUGACCUUGGAGCCGUGACCAAACCGUGGGAGAUCUCCAGACAGGUGGCUGAACUUGUAACCAGUGAGUUCUUUGAACAAGGAGACCGGGAAAGAGCAGAACUCAAACUCACUCCUUCUGCUAUUUUUGAUCGGAACCGAAAAGAUGAAUUGCCUCGGUUGCAACUGGAGUGGAUCGAUAGCAUCUGCAUGCCCUUGUAUCAGGCCUUGGUGAAGGUCAAUGUGAAGCUGAAGCCUAUGCUGGAUUCGGUGGCUGCCAACAGAAGUAAGUGGGAAGAGCUGCACCAGAAAAGACUGCUCGCCCCUGCGACGUCCCCCUCCUCUGCGAGCGGCUUGGUGCCUGAGGAUGAUGAAAACCAAACCUCCACCUCAGCUGCCACUACCAAAUGACUGCAUUUCCAAAUUCAGCGCUGGCUUAGGUUUGGCCACACCCUCCAUUGGUUUCUUUAUGCCCCAGACAUAUUUAAUGUCUCCUGAUGCUCUGAGAAGCAGGUCUGGGCUUUCACUCAGAAGUGAAGUCAGCAGAGAAGGAUGGAGGAGGAAGUGGAUAGGAGCAUGGCCCUGGACUCUGCUUUUCUUGGUGAGCACACUGGCACUGAGACAGGCCUGGGCAGAGGACCAAGUCAGACAAGGAGAGAGGGCCCUGCUCAUGCUAGACUAAGAUACCACAGCAGGAUAGCCAAGACCUCAACGGCAGUUUCACUUUGUAUAUAGCACUUCUAUUUGUUACAAGCCAAACAAUGCCUGCUUUUGCAUCCUCUCCUGCGUGUUCUUUCUGCAGACUGUACUAAGAAUCCCAAUUUGUAUUCUCUAGAUGUAUCUUGUUUUUCCAUCCUAAGGCUUCUUAAUAAUGGAUCAGAGCCUUUUGAAAAGAUCAACUGUGUUCCAAAUACCAGCCACUCUGUUUUCCAUUUUAGAAACUCCAUAGUAGGAAUGCAGCAAAUAUCUUUGUCUGUUUGGUUUUUAUGUAGGAUUCAUAGCACUGCAUUAAAGUUGUGAUUCUCUUUUCCCAGUUUUUAAUUCAACUUUCAUUGCAGAUCAAGACUUUUUUCCAGAAGGAGUGGAUUAACGGACUUUAAUUAAGUAGGGAUGAAAGGAAAUCUAUAGCUAUAUUUAUCACGAAUUACACCUAAACAUUUAGAAACUGUUUCCACCAAAAAGACCCUUUAUAAGAUACAUCAGAGUCCUGGAGAAUGAACUUUGUGUUCUCCUCAUAAGCUUUGGACUAAAAUCUAAGAAAAGGGAGCAACCUCAACUAAAAGUCAUUCAGAGGUUUUCCAAUUAUUUUUUUCUUUUUUCCUGAAAGAUGAGAUGAAUGGAAGUGUCUGGUUUGUGAUAGAUUAACAGUAAAAUUAUAUUCAAUAUAUACAGUGGCAGUGCUCUAUGUUUUACAUGAGGUUGAAGGCAUGAUGCCCCUUAUCUAAAGAAUAGUGGUCUAGAAAUUAGGCUGAUACUCCUGGCUCAGGUGCCAUACCCGAAAGACUUUGGACAAGUCACCUAACUUCUCCCAGUCUGUUUCCUCAUGUGGCAAAGGAGAUUAUCCAGGAAAUUAUUUUCAAACCUGUUUCAAUUUUAUAUCUCUUUGUUCAAAUAAAUCUCAUGAGGAAUCCUCUACAGAGUAAAUAUCUAAAGAGACAAGUUGGGUCAGAGAUUGUACAGCCGGUAGGGUCAUGCCAUGCACACAACCAUCAAUACUGGGUUCAAUACUAUGCACCCCGUAUGGCUCCCCAAGCACCACCAGGAGUGAGCUCUGAGAACAUAGCCAGGAGUUAGUCUUGAAUGCUACAAAAAAUUUUAAAAAGCAAAAUAAAAUAAAAGGCAAAGUCUUCUGUUAGAAGGCCAGGUUGAAAGAAUGAAAAACCCCUGCAAAUCCUCAUCUCCUCAUCUCAUGUAUUAUACACAUAAAGGAGCACGGAGAAUUACAAAGUCCUUGAACUGUAUGGACCUUGAUGUCAUACCAGCUCUGAAAAACUAAAAUAUACAAAUCAAUUUUAUUCUUGUUGUCCCAAUGUUGUCCCAAAAGCUAAUUCAUUGUUAGCUUUUACUGUUUAACUAUUAAAGAUACAGAAGCCACAAUGGACAAAACACAUUGUUUAUCUGGUAUAUAGGAAACACUAAGGAAAUGAUUAAGAAAUGGGUCCAUUAAGGUACCAAACAAAAUUGAGGAAGGCGUAGGUAUCUGUAGGGAAGGAAAAAAAACCCUACCUGUCAAGGAAUAGAGGAAAGGUACCAACAAAGGCAGUUGGUAAGAAAGCUUCCAAAGGAAAGUGAAACUGUUUGGGUUUUUUUAAGUGGUAUUUCUGAAUAAAAGAAAAUAUGGAAUCCUGUCAUCAAUUGCUUAUAAAAGAGAUCAGUGGGUAGGGAGUGGUUUGACAAGAGGAAAAAAGCUAGAGGGAGCUCUGAGAAACAAUGUCUCUGUGGAGAAGACUGAAGAGAAUGGAGGAAGAAAUGAACACAGGGAAAAAUUGCCUCUGCAGAGCGGGUAAGAGGAGGCUGUUCAGAUUUAUAGAUUUUAUUAAUCCCAUUUUCUGAAUCACUUCGCUAUAAAGGAAAAUGGCUUCAGCUGGCUGUCUCCCCUCCUUCAGGUGAAGAGCAAAGGGUAGGUGGACUUAGAGACAGACCCUGGUCUUAUGUCUCAAAAGCACGACCAGUAUUUCUGGUUAUUGUGCCACAUCAUGUUUAUAUCACAAAUGGGAAUUGAAAAUCCCAUUUUGAAGCUGAGAUGAACCUUAUCCUCCCCAACAAUAAAGAAAUAGCCCAGACAGACGGAUGCCAAUCUAUCUAGAAUGAAAUUUUAAAGCCUGUGUUUUAUGACAGAGCUAGACCCAGGGUCUGAUGGAGACUGCAGGCAGCCAUAAGCACUGUAGUACCCUGAAUGUGGAUGCUGCAUAUUGCUAAAGGGAACAUAAUUUAUAGCACAAACCCUACGGCUUCCACUAAGGUUGAGUUCCUCUCAUUUUCUUGCCUUUUUAUUGGCUUCACUGCACAGUUGCCAAUAGCAACAUCCACUGGUAGCAAGGGGAGUUCAACACCAUUGCAAUCUGCCAUACAGUGGAGCUCUGACAAUGUCAACCAUCAAUCAAGUAGCUGUUUGUAAUUGCCUCCAUCUAUUUCUCCUGUCUGGAGGUAUCUUUCAAAAUUCAGAAACUGCUGACUAAUGCCAUGAGUCUGUUCUUCAGCGACCAUGAAGCAAAGGAAAAGACAGAGAAAAGACACAGAAAGCUUCGCUGACCACUCCUGCCCGGAGUGAGAGUCUGAGCACUUGGGAGUUUGUUGUGUUUUUAAUCCCUUUUAUAGAUUAGGCAGAAUUUCCCAAGAGACUUAUCCUUAUAUUCUGCUCUUCUAAAGAUAAUUUUUUCUUAUCCUCACUAUGACCAUUAUUUUACUUGGUUGGAGAAAGACACUAAAAAUAUGAGUCCACUUCUAAAACCUCCAACUUGACCACAUUAUGCCUGCCACCCUGGGUCUCUUGACAUUAACAGCUGACAUCUUUUCCUUUCUCUGUGAGGUGCUUUCAGAUCUUUCACUUAUUCUCCUAGGUCAGCACAUAGAUAAUAUAUGCAGAAGGUAAGUGGAAAUCAGAAACAGUAGUAACUGCUUGGCAAAAUGACCAGGGCACAUGGUAUGCAGUGGACUGGGACAUGUCCUGGUUUGCCCCUGCACCAGGCUGAUUGUUUUGGAAUCCUCCAGGCUUCAGCAUUUCCAUCUUUUAAGUGAAUGCACUGGCUUUUAUUUAUUUUAUUAAAACAAUGGCUUUUAGGGGGCUGGAGCGAUAGUACAGCGGGUAGGGCGUUUGCCUUGCACGCAGCCGACCCGGGUUCGAUUCCCAGCAUCCCAUAUGGUCCCCUGAGCACCGCCAGGGGUAAUUCCUGAGUGAAGAGCCAGGAGUAACCCCUGUGCAUCGCUGGGUGUGACCCAAAAAGCAAAAAAAAAAAAAAACAAUGGCUUUUAGUCUCUGUUUUUUCCAUACCAAAAGACCAAGCUGAGUUUAGGUUAAAAAAAAAUUAUUUUUCCAAGUAACAGUCAAGUAGAAUAGAAGUCUCAAGGGGUUAUCAUCUCACUAAGGAUAAAAAUAAAGGCUGGUCUGGAGAGAUAGUAUAACAGGUGGGAAGCUCAACUUGCACAUGGAUGACUGAGUUUGAUUCUCAGCACCCCAUAUUGUCCCCCAAGUCCCCUAGGAGCAACCCCUGAGCACAGAGCAGGAUUAAGUCCUGAACACCACUGGAUGUGGCCAGAAAAACAAACCAAAAAAAGUUAUAUACAUGGGAUUAAAAUGAAAACUUCCAGAAAUAUGACUGUGCUUGCCUUUAGUGGUCAUGAAUGAAAGAUGUGGCCAUCAUUAUAAUUUUUCAAUAUAUUUUUGAAUUUUAAAAUACCCACUAAUUUAAUAGAGGAUACUUUUAAGCCAUCUUAUAUAAUAUACAACAUAUAAAUGAGAGUCAGUGUAAUAUAUGUCAUUUUGUAAGGUGAGCCAAAAGAACUUUAAUUGAAUGUGUACUUUCUCUUUCUAAAAAUCUAAGCUAUCUAACCAUUUCAAGGUAUUUUAUAGUUGCAUACAUGUUGGAUAAGAAAUCAUCUUUAAAUUUUUGCCAGUGUAAGAAUAUUGCCUAAUAUUAACGCAACAGGAAUCCAGUCACUUUUUUAUACAUAUCAUAAUUUAUCAUACUUUAUCCACUUACCUUAGGUCAUUAAGCAGAGUGUGCUCAAUUUACUUUGCCAUACAAUUAUUUUAAAAUCCAUUUUUCCUGCUGACUCUUGAUGAAUUACCAAAAGAUGAAAUACAGUGCCCCGAUAAGAGUGUGAAGCAAUUUCCUUCAAGCCAGACAGAAAUAUAAACAUACUGAGGGAGAAUUUCAUUGAAAAUUCAAACCCGAAGAAGAGUUAUUAAAACAACCAGAACCAAACCUAACUUGAGAUCCUUAGCACUCUGGCAAUGCCGGUGUAGUGAAGUUUCAUUAUCUACUUCAGAAUAGGAGCCUUUGAGACAGUUCUGCCAUUUGAAAUCAAAACUCCCAGUACUCACAUGAGUCUGGAAAUUUACAGGUUGAGACUGACUACAAGAAAGCCAAAAUUUUGUAAGUUUCAUGAGAGCAAUAAUAGAACAAAAUACAUAGAUGGCAGAAAUAAAAGUACUUGUGUCUGAAGAAUUUCAUGAUAAGAUCUUGGAUGUAGCAAUUUUCACAUGUAUUUCUGCUUUUUCAUAGGCACUAGCAUUUGGAGGUAUACAUCAUUUCAAAUUUCAUUUGGAAUAGUCUUGUAUAUUUUAUAUACAUAUGUCUUCACACUUUUAAAGGCAAGCUGUUAUCUAUGUAGCAUAUCUAUGCCGAUGUAGUUGAAAGUAUACACUGAUACAGACAUUUUUUUUAAGUAACUGAAAUAUUUGCUGUAUAAAAUGUUAGUUGAGGCCAUCAUUUCUCAUUGGUUCAUUUUCUGUGCAUAUGUGUGUGAGAGAAUCUCUGUCUUCUUGGUUGAAAAAUUGGGUGAAAUUAUAUUUAGAUGAAUUUUUUGAAAUGAAUAGCCUCGUGUGAAAAUAGAAGACUAGAUUUUGUUGAGUCCCAUUCCCUUGGAUAAACAUUACUCUCACUAUUUUAUUUUAUUAUAUAGUAAACUAAAGGGGAUCCUCUACUGAUUUGCAUCAUACUCAUUGUUUUACAUGAAAGAGAGAUGGGUCUUCAACUGAAAUGUUGUUAAAUUUAUACCCUCCCAUUGUAUAGAUUUCCCAAGCUAAUAUUUCAUUCUAAGAAGAUGAUGUUAUCAACUUAUGUCCAUUUCACAAGCAACUAAUUCAUGAAUUUGAACCAGUUUGCUUUACAGAUCUAAAUAUAUUUGUUUUUUAAUAAAAUGCUCCAAGUUGAACCAAAGCUCUGUAAUAAUCUUUCCCGUGAGAAGGAUGAUUUUAGAGCGAGCAUGCCUCCAAGCGCAGACAAUUUAAAUUUUGACUGUCAAUUUAGCCCAUUAACCUUGUGUUGCUCUGUAAUGUGUGCCUGUGUGAGAGGGACACAAGAAUAGCUCUGUUAUCCACUUUAGAGAUGACAAAAGGUUCCUCCAAUUGCUGGAGUUUUCUGGAGGAGAAAAAGUCUGCAGCCAAUGCCAGUUCCUGCAUCCAUUACAGAUUGCUCAAAUUUGCAUGGGUAAUUACACCAGGGGAUUGCAUCAAUGCAGGGCCGCCAGUGACACCAACACCAUACAAUCACACAAUGGCUUCGGUGCUUAAACUUUAAAGUCCUUACACCAUUGUGCCUGUUCUAUUAGAACAAACUGCAGCAAAUGAUCCGAAGCCAAUUCUAAUGACUGGAGAGGAGGUGCCCACAGGGGCUGAAGGAAGAGGUGUGGCAUGGCCCCUACUGGUCAAUUUAAGCAAUCACCAGCCCUCCAGUACUGACUGCACCAACUACUGUUUCUUUUUGUGCUUUGCACUCCAUGCUUUUCAAGUGAGGCCAACAGUAAGAAUCACCUCAUUCACAGAAGGGCUGUGAAGAUUAAUGAGGGAAGUUAGGCAAUUGCAGGAACUGGUCCUGGUACAGAAAGCACUGCUACACACAGGGCAUAGAUAGCUCUUUGUUAGGAUGGUUGGUUGAUUUCCUUAAAUGAUAGUAACCACAGUUGAGACUAUUCUGAUAAUAAACCAUAGUGCUAACUUUCAUGAGAUGUUGAUUUAAAUAAGGUCACUGUAAGCAUUAAAACAUGUUACUUGAUUUUUUUAAAAAAAGGUAUAUUCUAGAGGAAAUCUAAUUAAAAUCUAAUAAAACUGGAAAAAUCAGCAAAAGGUGAGUUCAUAAUGAGAUUAAGUGUUAUAACAUCUGAGCAAAAAUGUUCCCAAGUGUUGAUUUGGUAUACAAUCUUUCCAAGUUUCAAAAGAUGGAACCAAUGCUUCUAAAUGCCAAUCAACUUGGCAUUAUCAAUUU